GGAAAAUGUCUGUAUUAAAAUUUCAGUAUUACAUUUAAGGUUUGGAUUUUUUAUCAUGCCUCUGCAGUACUAUGAUGUGCAGUACACCAGAGAUUACAUUAUUUUUAUGAUUGCCAAAUCAGUUAGGAUUAUUUCCAUUCAGCCAAUCCAUAGUGUGUGAGUGGGCAGGCAUCAUCACUGGGGCUGUAAAUAAAAAGCUCUUGGAUCUGGAGGAGAGGGAAAUGUCACAGCUCUAGAAACACAACAGAAGAUAUUGUAAAAGCUGAAAAAAAGCAGAAUAAUGAGUUGCAAAAACCUUGCCUGUCUUGGAUUUCUCGUGAUGCUUGUCUUGGGUAAUGAUCAUGUACGAGCAAAGCCAAUGUCCAGCUUGCAGAGUGUAUCUCGAAAAUUAGAGGAUAACUUUGAACACUCCUUUGGAUCUGAAGAAGAGGGACAUGAAAAAGGAGAGCUGCUGCCCAGUGAUUCAUUAGAUCAACAAGAUUUGGAACUUCAGUGGCUCAAAAAUAAAUUGGAUCAGGUUGGAAGCCCACAGCUUGCUGAGAUUGCUCUGCAGCAGCUCUUGAACGACCCUUCAUCAAGAAGGUACAGAUUACGGAGCAAAAAAGGAUUCUCCAGAGGAUGCUUUGGCAUGAAACUAGACAGAAUUGGAUCCUUAAGUGGUCUUGGUUGUUAAUAUAUAUGAUUCAUCAUCAUUCAGAGCUGAGAAGAUUGACCUUCUGUCUUACACCAUACUCUGAAAUCACCAAGAACUGGCUUGUUAUGGUCUUCUGCUGUGCUCUGUUCCCCUCCAUAAAGACUUUUUCUUUCUCCACAAUCUUUAAUCACUUCCAUAAUGUGCAACCAAUACUUUUGGGUUAUCUUGCUAUCAUAUGUGAUAUACAUUUUAUGUCUUUAAGUGACAUGCAGGUCAAAAAAUAAACGUCUGUCCUUA